ACUCAUCACCAGCCGUUUAAACAUAAACGGCAAAGGAUGCAAAUAGACAUUCCACAGAAAAAAAUGAGAAGAUGGAUAUCAAUGGAUAUUAUAAAGGGAAAUCUAGAUGGAAUUUCAAAACCACCCUCACCUUCAAGAACACAUCCUGGGAGAAGAAGUUCAGAUGCUUCUUUGGAAGUGCUCUCACCUGAACCAGGGUCCUUCAAGGUUGAUACUGCAAGCAAAUUGAACUCUGGCAAAGAGGACCACUCAGAAAGCAGGAAUACAGAGGAAAGUAGAAACAAUGACAGUGACAAAGGGGAAUACAACUCUGAGAGUAGAAAAUUGGCUGAAGAGGGGGCAGAUGAGGAUCUGGACUUUGCUCAACAUCAGAUAAUCCCUGAGUGUUCAGAUGAGCCCAAAUUAAAAGAAUUGGAGUCUCAACUUCAACAUGCUAUUCAGAAAAUGAAGAGACUUGAUAAAAUAUUAGUAAAGAGAAGACACAGAGAAAAGGAAAUUAAGAAGCAAGGUCUAGAAAUGAGAAUAAAGCUGUGGGAAGAACUUAAGUCUGCAAAAAAUACUGAAGCUUUGCAAAGUAAUGAGGAGUUGGAAAAUACAAAAAAGUUUUUAUCUUUGACUGCUGCAUCUGAAGAAACUUUUGAUCCUUCUCGUUAUGAGGAUGGAGACACCUUUUUCUCAGUGUUUCACACUCAAGUCCCUUCAGAAGAAUAUGAAAAGUGUAUGCAGAAUAUCAAUCAAGAUUUUACCUAUGAUGUGGAAAGAAAUGCGUCAUUGAUUAAAGCAGAAAAGAAACCUUUCUCAAAUAUUGAAAAGAUUGAGCCCAGUGGUAAACACAACCAGGAUUUUAUUAAGCGAAACAUGGAGUUGGCCAAGGAUUCAAGAAACCCAGUGGUUAUGAUUGACAGAGAGAAGAAAAGGCUGGUUGAACUUCUGAAGGACUUAAAUGAUAGAGAUUCGGGGCUGUCUAGUUCUGAGAGUGAUCAGUCUGGCUGGCUGGUCCCAGGAGAAGGAUAUACACUUGCAGCCACCCAGAAUCAGCAGCUUGCUGAAAUUGAUGCAAAACUCCAAGAACUCUCUGCAGCUUUCCCCCAAAUGUCCAGCUUUUCUCCAAGACUUGAAAAUCAGAAUAAUCAGGAACCUCACCUUGACAAUGAAAGAAGUAUGGAAAUAGUUCCAGGAGAAAAGGCACUUCGGGACACCAAGGAGGAACGGGACCAACAAAAUCGCCUGAGAGAGAUAGAUGAAAAGCUGAGAAAGCUGAGGGAAAAUGUGUUAGAUUCCACAUCACUUCUCUCUGAGGAACAGUUAAAGUGUCUUCUGGAUGGAUGCACACUCAAACAAGAAGCCAUCAUUAGACUUUCUCCAGAAAGAGAAAACAAAGACAUUGAGGAUAUAACAACUGAGUUUUCCCAGCUUUCAAGAUCUAUCCUUUCUGAAUUACUAAAUGAGUCAGAAGCAAAGGUUCAGAAAAUUAAGGUGCUUGAGAAUGCAGAAUGUGAAGCACCUAAAGACUAUUAUCUCACUAAAGCCUUGACUGGGCUUUACAUGUCAGAAGCUCUUGUCAUUGAAGCAGAAAAUAUAAAAUGCCUUCAGUUUUCUAAGGACGAGGUUAUCAGUGACACCAAAGACUAUUUUAUGUCGAAGACUCAUGGCAUUGGGAGACUGAAAAGGCCCUCUUUCUUGGAUGAUCCACUGUAUGGUAUCAAUGUGAGCUUUUCAUCAGAAGACCAACAUCUGAAUCUCAGCCCUCCAGAAAAACUAAAAACAGAUGAACAUGAGACUACAGAUGAGGUAGAAGAAUGUAAAGACUUUUAAGCAAGGACUCGCCCGGAUGUACUUUUAAGAAAGUUGGUGAUUAAGUUAAAUUACAUGAUUUUCCUGAAUUCUUUGAGUUUAAUGACUGCAUCGUAGAGAGUAUUGCUCAAAUAAUGUUUUUGACAUUUGGAUUCUCACUUGUGGAUUACAUUUCCUUGAUACUUUUGUGUCUUGGGGUGUAAAUAUUUAAUGGUUUUUCUUUAUUGAAAUUCCUGGGAAAAUUGUUUAUAAAUUUAUUGCUAGUCUUGCAACAUCAGGGAUAAUUAUAACAACCAUUUUAAUGUAUGUAUGUUAUGUUAAAAUUAGUUGAAGUGGCAUGAUUGUUCUGAAUUUGAUUUUACAUGUUUCAACUUGUGAUUCAGACAGAUUGUGGCCACUAUGCAUUUUUCUUCUGGCCCUGCUUUUCCUUCUUUCCACCUGUCUACUGCCUAUUAAAUAAAUACAGCUUGCCAUAGGAAGAAAUGAAUUUCCUCAACAAAGAAACAUUAGGGGAGGCUUUGCUAUCUUAUUAGUGAUGAUACUUUUUGUAAGUAGAAGUUCAACUGAGUUUUUUGGUAUAAUACUCUCGGUUCGGGCCUUUAGAAUGCAGUUUCAGAGUCUGGGCCUUUUAGAAUGCAUCAAAUAAAGAUGAG